AUGGGACAAAGUCAAUAUUCCUCAAUUGUAGAUAAAGCUAUUGAUGAUGCUUAGCUGGUUAAAAAUUCUUAAGAAAAUUGGAAUGUCCUUUUGAAAGGAAAGUAUUUUACUUUAUCAGCGAAACCUUAUAACAAGACUGAAAAGUAAAUUUUAAAGCUUGAAGGCAAUAUUCCAGCUUAAGUUAAUUAGGUUGUAGAAUAUUUCUUUAAUAACUAUGAAAGUAUUAAAAAUAACCGUGAAUAAUGUGAAGUAUUUGAAUCUCUCGAAGUGAUAGAUUCAGAUACAAAGGUGACAGUUUUUAAACUUAAACCAAUGCAGGAUGGUCAUAGAAUUGAGUCAUUAAAUAUUAUUCAUAAAAAAAAAAUUAAUCAAAAUUAAGUUUUGAUUGUGAAUGCUCAUCUUGAUGAUCACCCAAAAAUGCCUAAAAACUCUAAUAUAACUAGAAUAGAGAAUAUUAUUAAUGGAAUAUUUUUGAAAGAAUCUAACUCUACAAAUACUUUUAUGGAGGGAUAUUUCUUAAAUGAUCCUAAAGUACCUAUUCCACCACAAUUAAUUCCACAAUUAACAUAAAGCUUCUUAUAAAGCUAUGAAAAAGAUGUUGAAUCUAUUUUAUAAAAAAAAUGA